UCUUUAACAUAAAUGUAUUUACUUUUGAAACAAUAUAAUAAUACUUGAAAAAAUUUUUUCUUAAAUUUCUAACGAUAUUAUUUUAAUCAAAAACUGAUUAAUAGUAAUAACUAAUAGUAAUAACUUGAUUAAUAACGUACAAUAUUUUAAUUUUUUAGAUUUUCGAUCAUCGUUAAAAAAACAUCUCUAAUUAUACGCCCACAGAAUAUUGAUAAUAUCAUGAUGCAAUUAAAACGUGUACAAAAUAUUAUACCACCUACGCGUGAUACGUGUCGUGCUUUCUACGUGGAUUAUAUUUAAAGCCAAAAAAAAUGCAUUUUUCUCCCCCUAAUGUCAACACUGAUUAAAUAAAUAUGGUCUUCAAAAUUUUGCAGGAAUUCAACUUGACUAAAGACUUGUGGUUGUGCGGUUAAACAAUUCGAACACGUUUCGGAUAAGAGAAUGACAUUUAAAUGUCGAGUAUUAUACCACUAAUAUUAUUAACAUUAGCACAAUUGUAAGUAGCUUGUUAACAAUCGUACUUUUCUAACUCUAUUAUAGAUAAUUAACAAACAAAAUGCUUUUUUCAUAAUCCAAUCAGAAUCUCAUAAAAAUAAUAGAAUUCGCAACGUUGAUGUAAACUAAUGAUAAAUAAUUUUUAAAGAUUUAUUAUGUUUUAUAAUUUACUAUCAUAAUAUUUUUACUUUAAAGCUUUUCUAUUCAUAUUGAUAACAGCUCAAAUUCUUAUAUUGCAUAAGAAUUCUAAAAAAAAAAAACUAUCAUGCUUAUUAUAAGUUUCAUUGAAAGUUUAAUGCUUCAUUGAAAUUAAAAUUUUUAAAAAGCCAUCCAUAUGAUUAUAUACCAGAAAAAAUUCUUUUAAUGAUGACACGAUAAAGAAACAGUUCUUCGUAAUCCAAAGAAACAAUGUUAAAAACGCUAAUGCGAGAAAAGAACUGUUAUCAUCGUUAAUAACAAUAAAAAAUCCAUAAUCUAGAUAAAGAAAACUAUGAAAAGAAUAAUUUAAGAAGAAAUGAAAGAAUGGAAAAAAGAAGAAGAAAAAGAAGAACAGAAUAACGAAAAGAAAUGAUCUCUCAUCUCUCGAAGGGCGAGAGAAAGAAGAGAGAAAAUCAUCGGAGUGGAUUGUCUGCAGCAUCCGGGUGGGGUGGUUAGUUGGGUGGUACGUCGGUCGAUUUUCGUGCGCUUCGACGCAGAACGGAGAGGGCGUGCUGAUCGUUUGCCCCCUUAUAGUAGUGGAGAGUCGCCGAAAACACCACGAGCUCCGGGGGUGUUGAUUGGUCAGUGCGUAACUGGCAACUGUCGGUACAGUUGUGCAGCUUUCAGUGGGCUGCCAGCGGUCGCCCUGGGCACCACCUGCAUGGAUGGAGCCUACUCGUGUACCCAGGGCCCCUGGUCCACGUCUUGUUUUUCUCGUUGCGACGCUAGCCCUCACUUUCGCAGGUAAUCGGCACAAAUUCAUUGCUUUCGAUGAUCCUCCCAUUUGCUCGACGUCUCGUGUCUUCGUUUAGACGGAUCGUCUAGACCGGCUAUGCAAUAAUCAAAAUCCAUCUUACGUAAUGAAUAAUCGGAUAAGGUGGUUUAUUUCCGUUACGAGCUUCGUAGACGCACGUUGAAUGAUAUAGAAUGUGCUUCUUCCAAUCCUGUGUAUAGACUCAUUCGUUAAACCAUCAGCUGAUCCGAAGAAUCGUGUCACUAAGAUAUUAUGAAGGAUGAUCUAAAUAUUACGAUGUUUCCAUCGUGUUUCCAAUUUGUGUGGGAUAAUUCCAUUAUGUGAAAAAAAUACUGUGACCGAUAAAAAACUUUCAAUAAAUACAUAGAUCUAUGUUUCAUCACAUUAAUUGACCGGCCGACCGGGUUAUUGUGUGGUGCCAUAAUGUCGGAUCACUGGGAAGAAGUUGGCUGGGACAAGGAGGCUCUAACUCAUGCGAAUGUUACACUCACGUGGUAUUUGGAUGGACAAGUAGCAAUGGUAGAAGCAACAUCCGGCCACAGAAAUCAUCAUCCUACAUUUCUCGUACCUAUGUACGGUGGUAUUUGGAUCAUGUGUGUCUCGCUUACUGAAGAGGAAAUACGACUACUAGGUCAGGUAGAUUUUCCGCAAGAGAGGUGCAUUAACUACUUGACGCCCGACGAAGCACACGAGGAGAUUCGUGCCGCUUGGCAAAAUCGAAUGCAGAACUUGAGUAUCUCCUGUUCUCUAGUUUGCUUGAUCAUUUUGGGCACAGCGGUUCUCAUUGGAUUUUUUGGACUUUGCAGACACCAAAUAUCAGCGGUCCUUGUUACCGGUGUGAUGUAUCUUUUAGCAGCCACGUUCGCAUUGUUUACCCUGACGAUUAUUCACUUCAAGAGAGCUCAGGAUCGCGGAGCUCGAAUACUGGAUGGCCCUGAGGAUGGUGUAAUUGGUGGACCGGUUUCUCGUAAUGUUCUCAAGGCCAGACGAUUCACCAGCUCCUGGAGCAUGGAUUUUGGAUGGGGUGGUGUUACGCUUUGCGCCCUCGCCUCGGUAGCGUGGAUCUUGCUCAGCAAAAUAAUGCGUUUCAGCCCCAUAGCCGCUAUGAUAGCGUAGCAGUGGGAGGCCUUCGAGGUCUAAGGUCGUUUCCAACAGUUAUGAAAGAGCGUUUCGAUGUCGUCGCCUCUUCAAACAUGUUCCAAAUCUGUGGAGGGAGAUUGCGUUCGUCCAUAAUGGGAAACAGGUCACCGAGAACGAUUGUGUAGUCUAUUUUGUUCUAAUUGGAAAGUGAAUCAGCUUGAUAGGCAGCUCAAUACCAUGAAUUGUUUUGUAAGCUAUGGAAUUUUCAUUGUGUAAAACAAUCAAUUUGAAUGAAAUUGUUCACACUUUCUAACAUGAGAAAGCUUGGCCUGAAAGUUUAACAUUUGAGAGAUUAAUUAUUUGAAAAUAGGAUACGACAUUGAGACAAAUUUUGAGAGUAUUUUUUCCAGAAACGGUAUCACGAUUGAAAAUGACCACUUCGAAGGCAAUUUGUUUUAUUAACAGGUAACAUGUAUUGCAUAGUGUUUGUCAAAUUUAUGGAACCUAUGUUGAAUCUGUCUGAAAGCAUGGCAAGCUAUGGAAGGGGCCUAAUUUUUGGGGCCUAACCUUCUGUUUUAUACAAUUUAUCUAACAAUCUCUAAUCUUUGAAAGAAAAAAAAAAAAAAGAAAAACAUACAUAGUUGGGUGAAGAACUAUAUGUAGAAGAGGGAUAUAUAAAUUAUAAAAUAAUAUAUCUUUAAAUUUUCAAAACUUUAAAGUUUUGCACAGAUUUAUGUCCCAAUGGAAUAAUUCAAAAAUCCCCCUUUUCAUAUAGACCUUUACGAUAAAAUAAAUUAUUUGCAGGUGCAUGGAUAUAAGAUAAUGUACAGGAGAAAAGUAAGCUUUCUGGACUGAAGAAGUAUUAUUCAAUGAUAACAUAGAACAGAAUACACGUUUACCUCAGUUUUGAUUUGCAGUCAGAUUAGUCAAUUAAUGUACAAGUAAAGAAAACCUUUACCAAUUCUAAUCUAUCUUUUUUAGACAUAAUUUUAAUAUACUUCUUGUAUAUGAUCUUUUUACACAGUUGCAAUAGAUAUAUUUGAGUUUGCGUAACAAUUGAUUUGGAAUAAGAAUAUUUUUCUGCAUUGUAGAACUUGAGACAAUAUUUGUUGACCUCUGCUUAAAAAUUUCAACACAAAUUGUAAUGUAACAUAGAUGCAUAUAGUAUAAUUCGAUCGCCUUAUAAUUAGAAAGAUAAGCAUGUUUGUAAUAUGCAUAGCAUAGCAGUAAACUUGUUCGAGCCAAUACAAGCAACGAUAUGCGUGUUUGCAAGAAGAAUUUAGCUUUUGCUACGACUUGUUACAGCAAAAAAAAGAGGAAUUAUGCCAACAAAAUGUAUCAUAUACAAAGGAUUGUGAAUUACAAUUACAAUUCGUCCAUUAAGAUUUAAGAAAAAUAAAGAUGCUUUGAUUAUGGAAGCAUCUAUUAUAUACCCGGAGACUAAGUUUUGUCUAGUUCAUUGAUAAAAUGAUAUGAAGAAAAAAAAAAAAAAAAAGAAA